AACCUCGCUUAACAAACAAGCAAACAAACCAACCCGUCAUCAGCUCUGCAUGACCGUUCAUCUUAAAAAAAAAAAAUUCCGAUGAAAACCCCCUGAUCGUCUCCGUCUUAUCCGUUGGUGCUUGACAAUUUGAAUUCGAAACGAAGAAAGAACAGCCCCCUCGUCGAUCUACCAUGUUUUCCAAACUCUUUCAAAAAAACACCGCACGACAACAGCCACCUUCACCACAGCAACAACCACCACCGCAACCGCAACCACCACCUGCGAAGGAUAAUGUGUCAAAGGGAGGGUUGACACUGAAAGAUAUAAAUCCACGGAUUGCUCUACACUAUGGAAUCCCUUCCACUGCGUCUGUUUUAGCUUUUGAUCACAUUCAAAGCCUUUUAGCAAUUGGAACACUGGAUGGAAGAAUAAAAGUGAUCGGUGGUGAUAACAUCGAAGGACUUCUUGUUUCUCCGAAGACAUUACCAUUCAAAUACUUAGAGUUUCUACAAAAUCAAGGUAUCCUAGUCAGCGUGUCAAGUGACAAUGAGAUUCAGGUUUGGGAUUUAGAGCAAAGACAAAUUGCUUCCACUUUACAAUGGGACUCCAAUAUAACUGCAUUCUCUGUUAUUUUUGCCUCAAGUUACAUGUAUAUUGGAGAUGAGUAUGGGAUGGUUUAUGUAUUAAAGUAUGAUGUCGAAGAAGUUAAACUUGUACCGAUGCCAUACCAUGUUCCUGCGGAUGUAGCAGAGGUGCCAGAUGCAUCUGGUAUGUCAUCACCUAAGAAUCACUCUGUUGUAGGAGUUCUGCCCCAACCUUCUUCUCAAGGAAACAAAGUGUUGAUUGCAUAUGAGGAUGGGUUGAUGAUUCUUUGGGAUGUCUCUGAAGAUAAAGUUGUUCUAGUUAAAGGGAACAAAGAUAUUGAAUUUAAAUGUGAAAUAACAGCUGAUUCUCACAAAGAAAUAGGACACAAGCUUUCUGAUGGUAGAUCAGACUAUGAGCCAUUGGAGAAAGAGAUAGCCGCCCUCUGUUGGGCAUCUACUGAUGGGUCAGUUCUUGCUGUUGGUUAUGUUGAUGGCGAUAUAUUGUUGUGGAACCUAUCAAGUACUGCUUCUGCUACAGAUAAGCAUGCUGCAAAAUCAUCAAAUGAUGUUGUUAAGCUACAGUUAUCCACAGGUGACAGAAGACUCCCUGUCAUUGUUUUGCAUUGGUCUUCACACAGACCGCAUAAUGAGUGUUGUGGCCAGCUCUUUAUCUAUGGUGGUGAUGCAAUUGGGUCUGAAGAAGUUCUAACGAUUUUGAGCCUUGAUUGGUCUUCUGGAAUAGAAAGUCUAAAAUGCAUUGGGCGUGUUGAUCUUACUCUUGAUGGUUCAUUUGCUGAUAUGGUUGUUUUACCUAGUGGUGGCUUGAUUGGAACUUCAGGCACUUUGGUAUUAACUAAUCCAGGACAGCUGCACUUUUAUAAUGACGCUGGCUUGUCUUCCUCAACGUCCCUACAAGAGACAAGGAAUUAUGUUUCUUCAAUGCAGUAUCCCAUGGUUGUACCUACUGUCGAACCACAAUUGACUGCAGCAAAAUUUGGUCUGGUCUUUAUAGAUGGCAAGUUCUCACAGGCUCUCUCUGAGGCAAUUUCUGCUAGAAAACCUCAAGCAACACAUUCUUCUGGAAAUACAAAUUGCCCUUUGACUGGUGGAGUUCCCAGCCAACUUCAUGAUGCUGAAAAAUAUCAGGUCGAGAGAUUAUAUAUAGCUGGCUACCAAGAUGGAACUGUAAGAAUAUGGGAUGCCACCUAUCCAACAUUUGCACUCAUUUAUGUUUUAGGACCGGAGGUCAAAGGUAUCAAUGUUGCUAAUGUUAAUGCAUCAGUAUCUGCUUUGGAUUUUUGCUCCUCUACCUUAUGUUUAGCUAUUGGCAAUGAGUCUGGUACGGUUCGUCUAUAUAGGCUUGUAUGUAGUGCUGAUGAGAUGAGUUUGAAGUUUGUGACUGAAACUGAAAAAGAAGUCUACACUCUGGACCAAGAGGAUGGACCUCAAUGUACAGCUGUAUUUUCUUACCUAAGUUCUCCUAUAUAUGCAUUGCAAUUUGCAAAUUCUGGAACCAGACUUGCUGUGGGAUUUCAUUGUGCCCGGGUAGCAAUGCUUGACACUACUACAUCAUCUGUUUUAUUUCUCACAGACAGUCUAUCUGGUUCCAGUUUGCCUGUCAAGUCUCUGGCUGUGUUUUCAAAUUGUAUUGACUUAAUAAAUAAUUCAGAAGACACUGGAUCCACAAUUGUGGAAGAUCAUGUAAGUUUGAAAGUGUUUGCUAUGACCAAAGAUGCCUGUAUUGUUGUCAUGGAUGGAAACAAUGGUCGUAUUCUCUGCUCCCAAUCAAUAAAAUCUGCAACGGAACUUAUGUCACCUUCAAUAUAUAUUAUAGAGGGUGGCAGCUACAUCUCUGAAAUGUGUAGUGGAAAACAUUUAUCUGUUUCAUCUCAGAAAAGCGACACUAAAAGUGAAUCUGCCCCGGCUGCUUCUUGCAGUGAAAGUUCUCCACUUAAAGUUGACCACGAGACCUCUGCUAAAGCAGCCCACUUUAAGCAGAGAGAAGAAAAUUUUCUUCUUUUGUUUUGUUGUGAGGAUGCAUUGCAUUUGCAUUCUUUGAAUGAGGUGGACAGUGAUCCUAUUCGAAAGGUAAAUCUCAUAAAACCAUGCUGUUGGAGUACACCAUUCAAGAAGGACGAUAAAGAGCAUGGGAUCAUUUUACUCUAUCAGACCGGAGAGAUUGAAAUUAGAUCUUUGCCAGAUCUUGAAGUGGUUGUAGAAAGCUCUUUAAUGUCAAUCCUAAGGUGGAACUUCAAGACUAAUAUGGAGAAGACAAUAUGUCCAUCUGAAAAUGCUGAGAUUAUUCUGGUGAAUGGAUGUGAAUUUGCUGUUAUAUCGUUUUUGGCCUCUGAAAACCACUUCAGGAUUCCAGAGUCAUUGCCUUGCCUUCAUGAUAAACUACUUACAGCUGCUGCUGAUGCCACAAUCAGUUUAUCUCCCAAUCAGAAGAUAAAACAGGGUGCUUCCUCUGGUAUUUUAGGUGGUUUGAUUAAGGGUUUCCCAGGGAGCAAGGCAGAGCACGAUGUAGAUCUUCUUGAAGUUUGUAAGAAUGAUUUCGCUGAUUUAGAGAGCAUAUUUUCCAGCCCUUCUUUCUUAAAGCCUUCUAUCGACCAUGCGGAUGACCAAAAAGUUGUGGAGCUUAGCAUAGAUGACAUUGAUAUUGACGAACCUCUAUUUGUCUCACCUUCAUCUGAAAUGAAGAAGAAUGAUACUAAAGAUAAGGGAACAGAAAGGGAAAGAUUAUUUGAAGGUGCAAGUACUGAUUCACAGCCAAAGCUCAGAACAGCCGAUGAAAUUAAGGCUAAAUAUAGGAAGGGGGAUGCCUCUGCUGCAGCUGCACAUGCAAAGGACAAGCUCAUACAACGCCAGGAAAAACUUGAGAGGCUCAGUGAGCGUACAGCGGAGCUGCAAAGUGGGGCCGAAAACUUUGCAUCAAUGGCAAAUGAGCUUGCCAAGCAAAUGGAGAAACGCAAAUGGUGGAACAUAUGAUGGUGGCUUCCCCGAAAGCGCAUCGUUGACCGUGCAUAUCCUGAACCAACUAUUAACGUUUUCGAAUGGCACCAUCAGUACCAGGUUUCUUCUUUGCAUAUUUUGAUGAUUGAUUCUUUAAUCGUUUAGAUGUCCUCCAUUCGUGUAUAUUAUGAGUAGUCAAAGCAACUCGUUUAUAUAUUUUGUUUUUUUUCUUUUCACACCGUAUGUUCUUGUCAUCGGCUGGAAUGAGCAAGUUGAUGACGAAGUAUUAUUAUAUCAAUAA